GGCGCUACGGGCUCCCAAGUUUGUCCACGUGACCAUCGUCACGUGCCAAACAUGUCAGCCUCCAGCAGUCAAAAGUCAGCAGCACGACGUAUUUUGAUCUCGCCAAACAAUGUUGUUCAGCAUCGUUCCACGGAAAAAAGAGAGAGUCAAGCGUGGCGCUGACGAUGCAGACUCGCGGAGAUAAUGUCUGAUGCGCCGCGUCCGACGGGAGUCGCUGCGAAAGCCAAGAAAAAGAAGCGACGCGUGGUCGGCUCUGAUCAAGGCCCACAGAGUCGCGUACCUGCGCCAUCCACCAUGACAGUGAGUCAGACCCCGGAGAAGAAAAAGCGGAAGAGGAACCGGAAGCAGAAAGCCACUCUUUCCCUAGCCGACCAGGAUGGCCAAGGGACCGCCCCAAAGAAAGCCAGGCUUGAGACUGCAGACGGUGUCAGUCCUGGUAAAGAUGUCGUGCAGCACCGCAGGCUUCAGAAAAAAAAGGCUGCUGCAGACGUUGGCGGCACGCAGCCCAUAACCAACUCCAGGGUUGGGCCGAACCCGAAAGCAAUCUGUGCGGCUGCUGCUGCUUCUUCGACAAACGAGAACUGUACUGGCAGUACAGUGGUGAGAAAUGAUAAACUGCUGAAUGUUAACAAGGUUCGGCUACUGAAGGAGCGCAAGGCACUGCCAAUCUUCCCGGUGCGCAAAGAACUGGUGAGGACUAUCAGACAGAAGGACUGCAUUAUUCUGAUCGGGGAGACGGCAUGCGGCAAGACCACACAGAUACCUCAGUACCUUCAUGAAGCUGGUUUCACUAAAAGGGGAGCGAUUGGAAUCACCCAGCCGAGGAGGGUAGCUGCAAUCACGGUGGCAAACAGGGUUGCUAUGGAAAUGGGUGUGGAGACUGGCGAACUGGUUGGAUACUCCGUUCGGUUCGAUGACUCCACCACAAGUGCUACAAGGAUCAAGUAUCUGACAGACGGCAUGUUGCUGCGGGAGGCCUUACUUGAUCCAUUACUAAAGAGGUACCGCGUCAUUGUGUUGGACGAAGCCCACGAAAGGACGGUCAACACGGACGUGCUGUUUGGUGUCGUCAAGUCUGCGCAGAAAGAGCGAAGUAGGAUGGACUGCCUUCCCCUCAAGAUUGUGGUUAUGUCUGCCACCAUGGACGUCGACCACUUCUCAAAGUACUUUGGUGGAGCACCGGUGUACACAUUGGAGGGACGGCAGCACCCAAUAGAGAUGAUGUACGCCGUGAAGAAACAAGAUGACUACAUUUUUUCCGCCUUAGUCACAGUGUUCCAAGUGCACAGAAACCAAGAACCGGGAGAUAUCCUCGUGUUUUGCACGGGCCAGGAGGAGAUAGAGUCGGUGGUGAAAGCAACGCGGGAGACGAGACUACAGCUUCCACCAGAUGAGCAAAAAAUUCUGGCUCUGCCUUUGUACUCCGCACUCCCGUCGAGCAUGCAGCUCAAGGUUUUCCAGCCUGCGGCACCGGGCUGGAGGAAGGUGAUAUUUUCCACCAACAUUGCGGAAACCUCCAUCACUAUCCCUGGCAUCAAGUUUGUUGUGGACACUGGUGUCGUGAAGGAAAGGACAUAUCAACCAGGAACGGGACUGGAGCUGCUGAAGGUCCGGAAGAUUUCCAAAGCGCAGGCGUGGCAGAGGGCUGGCAGGGCUGGGAGGGAGUGCAGUGGGGUGUGUUAUCGGCUAUACACCAAGCAAGAGUUUGAAGCAAUGAAGGAGCACAGCGUUCCAGAGAUUCAGAGGUGCAGUUUGUCGGGUGUGGUCCUUCAGAUGCUUGCCCUCGGUAUCAGCGACAUCUUCGCAUUUGACUUCAUGGACAAGCCAUCUGAGAAGCACCUCGUGGAAGCGCUGGUCCGCUUGCAUCAGCUGGGGGCGCUGGAGAAGAAGGAGGCACUUCAGCUCACCGCUGUUGGAAAGAAGAUGGCGGCGUUUCCGCUGGAGCCCCGGUUUUCCAAAAUCAUUCUCUGCUCCAAGGAACUGGCGUGCACGGAGGAGAUCCUCACCAUCAUUUCCAUUCUCUCGGGUGACUCCGUGCUCUUCUUUUCCGAGAAACAUAGGGAACGUGCAAACGAAGUCUGGAAGAAGUUCCAGUCCAAUGAAGGCGACCACGUCAUGUUGCUCAAUGUGUUCAGGGCCUACAAGAGUGUCAGGGGAAACAAGGACUGGUGCAAGGAGAACUUUGUGAACAAGAAGAACAUGCACAAGGCGAUGGAGAUCCGGUCCCAGUUGGCCGACCUCUGCCUGAAAGCGGGCAUCCCGCUCAAGUCCUGUGGCCAGGACACCGUUGCCUUCAGGAAGUGCCUAGCCGCCGGUCUUUUUACCAAUGUUGCCGAGUUGCAGAAAAAUGGAGAUUAUUUGACGAUUGACGCCAGGAAAAAAGUGCACAUUCAUCCAUCAUCUUGUCUGUUCUCGUCUUCACCUUCAUGCAUUAUCUUCACGGAAAUGGUGGAGACUACCAAAUGUUACAUGAGAAACUUGACCGUGGUGGAUCCCGACUGGAUGACCAAGGUUGCUCCUCAGUACUUUAAGAAGAAGAGGCUUGGACCUAAAUCUCUCUGAAUGUGGACCAGGUUGUUGCCAAGCUUGCACCGCAAAUACUACUCCAAGCGAUUGCUCAGGUUGGACGUCUGCAAGUUCUGAGGGUAACAUCCACAAAGAACGAAUGCUCGUUAAUAAAGAUAUGUAUAUGCUGUUUA